GAAAGACGGUAAAACGCGGUGAGGCAAGGCUCGCUCGCUCGCGCCAAGAGGAUGUGCGCCGUGCCGCCGCGCGGACGGUGGAAGGAAGCGCGCGCGCCGCUCGUCAGCCGCUGCUUCCCCGUGCGAAGCGAAGGCGCGUUUCCUCUCGACGCCUCUUCGUGCUGCGCUUCCAGACCUUCGGCACUUCGCUCCAAAAUGGACACUGUCUUUGUGACCGCAGCUUUACUCGCCUUACUGGGCUCGGCUCCGGCAGAGGGUUUCCUCAUUGCUCACCCACACAAGACUUUAUGUCUCUCAAGAAAAAGCAUGGUGGUGUUUCUUGGCAAAUGUGACGUGACGAACCCGGAGCAGCAGUGGAGCUGGACCAGAGACAUGAAGCUCCGCCACAGUCAGUCAGCCCUGUGCCUAUGGGCCGAUGCCAGCGUCUACGUGCCCGAUCACACUCGGCUGGCCUCCCUAGCUGACUGCACGGCGGCCCCCCCGUGGAUGUGCUACGAUCAGAAGGGCACCCUGGGGCUGGCGGAGAGGCCUCUGUACCUCAACAAGCAAGGUCAAAGGGCAGUGCUCAGUAAGAACCCCAAGUAUGCCAAAUGGACCAAGUACAAAGAGGACUCAGGGGGAAGGAUGGUGAUGGACCCCCUCUGUCUGCCCAGUGGUGACACGACUCAUGCGUCCACCACCAUUUCUUCAUCAUUCUCCACCACGUUAAGCCUCAACACAUUGAGCUUCCUCACCAGGGAAGUCUUCUCGCCAACAAGCCAUCUAAGAACCAGCACAAGAGAACGACACACCAGAUCAGCAUCUAGCACCAGCAGCGCUGUUCAGACACAGAGGACCAGUAUUACGGAUGUUGUACCUGAUACAGACAUGCCUGAAGUUGCUCUUGAGGGUCGCACUACCAUUCUCAAGCUUCCACCAGCCACUCCUUCACCAGACUCCACAGCAGAGAGGAUCUGGGCACCCACUGAGGUUCUUUUGAAGACAGAAGACUCAACCCUUAUCGCCAACACUCACACUGCAGCCGUUGCAGCUCCUACCAUGACGUCAGAGGCUAUAAUCUUGACAGAUGAAGUCCUGACAGGUCACAUCACUAUGACCACUGAAACUGUUAGCCAUACAGAUAAAGGUCUCAGUAACACAGGUCACCUUGCUUCGACUGCCACUCCAUUUCAAGGAAAUUUCACCGCAGCUCUUACCACAAACACUGUCCUUCCCAUUGCCGAUAACACUCCAUCUGUGUCUCGUGCUCAUACUGAAGAUGCUCUGUCUCCAUCAAAAUCCUCCUCAACUUCUUGUGCAAACACUAUAGCUGAAACUAUAACCACUAUAUCUACCUGGAGAGAUGCAGAGCUUCCCAGAUUUACUGCUGCUUCUUCUGCAAGUCCUGUUGAAACAGGGGCUUCUACUAUAAGUCUUGUUGACCCCUUUGCAUCCACUACAGAUGCAGAAAUUCCUACGUCUGCUGAAGACCCCAGUGCAAAAGAUGUGGCAUCCACUAUGACCAGUACUGCUCCUUUCAGUACAACUGGGACUGUCACAAGGCUUGACAUGACUGACAUUGUUCCUGCACCUCCUGAUGCACUGACAGAUGAAUCCACUAUUAUUUUAGGACACAGUAUCAACAGUGAACCCACCAUUAGUGUAGUUUCCCAUGUGACAUCUGAAGAACCCACAGUUCCCACUCUUGGCACUGGAAAUCCAACUAUUCUUUUAGUUCCCUAUGUGAUGCCAGAGGAAACCACCUUCAGUGCAAAUCCCACCACUGUAGACCAUGGCAUUACUGAUGCUCCAAUUACAACCACAAUAGAACUUGCAGUCAGUACAGGUGACUCCACAGCGAAUAAUAAAUCUUCUUCCAUGACUCCGGCCCCCAGUAUGAUCCCAAAUGCACAUACGGUUACUGUGGCUCCCCGCAGUGCUACCACCACAUCUCCCACAAGGAGAACAACAGGGCCUCCCAUUGCUACUUUUAGUCACACCAUAAUUUCUGGAGUGCCAGGAACAGCUACAUCUCCUGCUAUAACUACAUCAGAGCCUGCUGUCAGUACGGUUGACCACACUACAGUUACCCAAGAUUCAACUGUCAGGACCACAUCAGGUUCUGUGACUCAUACCAUUUCUCUUGCACCUACAGACCCCAACACAGGUACCAUGGAAUCCACCAUGUCCAGUGCAUUUUCCAUUUCAAUCACUCCAUCUAUGGCUGCUACUGUACCCCGCAGGGCUACCACAGAGACAUUUAUUAAUGCCACCAAAACAGCAUCUACCCGCACAACUAAAGCCCACACUACACAGUCAACCACAACUACUUUAAAAACAACUGCCUUUACUACAAACCCAACCACAAUAAUGACCAGCCCUACUAGAACCACCACUUCAGCUUCGUCAACAGAGCACCUAUGGACUACGACAUUGUCCACAACAGCUAUCACCACUCAAAAGUAUGAGACCACCGAGUCUGCACGCUGCUCCGUCACCGUGACCAAGGCUGCAGCCACCACGAACGAGGUGACCUUACACUGGAGCACACCUGGACAGCCGUGUAACUUCUGUGUCCUUGCCACGGACGGCCACACUGGGCUCACGGAGAGCACGGGCUGCCUGGCACGCAAUGCACAUGACGAGGGUGGCGCGUACGUGUGGCGCAUGGGGGGUUUGCAGCCGGGCACCGUGUACCACCUGGCAAUAGAGUCCCGCGAGGACACGCUGGGAGCGAACGUGACAGUGCGCACAGACCCACAGGAACCAGCAAGUCUAGAUGUCCAGCAGGUCUAUAAUGGGACUUGGGGGCUCCUGGUGUCCUGGCCUCACUCCCCAGGGCAGGUGGACUGGUAUGAGCUGACCCUUGAGGAAGUGGAGACAGGAGAGAACAGCAGCACCCGAGUCGAUGGCUCUGCAGCCCCCCAGUUGGGCUUCUUCGCCCUGAGCCCUGGCACCCACUACACUCUCAGUCUGGUGGCCAUCGCUGGGAACAAGACCUCGCCAGCUGUGCAGAGCAAAGUGGCCACAGCUCCCUCUCCCGUCAGCAUUCUGCAGCUCUCGCCGUCCUCUGACGACCUGAGCGUUUCCUGGAAGCCAGGACCUGGGAAAGUUGAUAAUUUCCGCCUUCUUCUGUGGGACUCAAAUGGUCUGCUCCAGAAUCUCACACUGGAGAGCAGCAUCGCUUCCCACAGGCUGAUAGGCCUGGUCCCGGGGCGGCUAUACAACAUCACUGUCGCUGCAGAGUUUGAAGGGCAGCAGCGCAGCGUCUCAAAGCAGGCUCGAACAGUGCCUGCUGUGGUGUCCAACCUGAGAGUGGAGAGCAACAGCAGCCAAGCCAACCUAAUGGUAUCAUGGGAGCAGGUCCUGGGUGAUGCACACUCCUACCUGGUCACACUGACCUCCUUGGGCUCGCUCCCCCAGCAAAAGACCCUACCCCGCAGCACCACUGAGGUGCUCUUCGAUGGCCUGACCCCAGGGGCUGAGUACCAUGUCUCUGUCAGCACUCUGAGUGGGGAGCUCUCUGCUCAGAUAAACACCACUGGGAGGACAGCACCAGACAAAGUAGCCCAGUUGGAGAUGGUGGGUCUCAAUGACAAAAAAGCUCUGAAAAUGACAUGGACCCCCCCUCGCGGAGAGUGGGACAGCUACCGCCUGCUGCUUCUGGACGGCUCGCAAGUGCUGGUGAAUGUCACUGUGGGGAAGAACACCCAGGAGUUUAUCUUCUCCAAGCUGGACCUGGUCCCUGGACGACUGUACAGUGCUGCGGUCACUGUGGAGAGCGGACCACUGAGCAGUACUGAGUUCUGUCAGGGGAGAAUAGCCCCACUGGCAGUGCAGAAGCUGCAGGUCCGGCACGUGGAUGAGACUUCGCUUGGUGUUCUGUGGAGCCACCCGGUGGCUGAGUGGGACAGUUACACCGUAACUCUGCAGCACGCGAACAUGGUUGUCACCGAGAAGACAUUGGCCCGUGAUGUGCAGGAGUACACGUUCAGUGCACUUGUGCCUGGUCGAUUGUACUCCGUCAUGGUGACCGCCCACAGCGGAAACCUCCACAGCUCUACUUCUGUGAUGGGACAGACAGUUCCUGCAGCAGUCACACACUUGCACUUAAGCAAUCAAGGUCUGACGGACUGCCUAGACAGCAGCUGGCAGAGUGCAGUGGGGGAUGUCGACUCAUACCGCGUACUCCUUGUCCGCAAUGGUGUCAUUAUCAAGAACGAGAGUGUGUUGGCCGACACCACAUCCUGCCGUUUCCAUGGCCUCGGGCCAGGUGCUCUCUACAAGGUGGUGGUGACCUCCAUCAGCAAGGGGCUGUCCUCCAAGCAGGUGGUCAAGGAGGGCCACACAGUGCCCGCAGCAGUGGGGGAUGUUACAGUCAGUAACAAUGGGCGCACGGACUUCCUGAGUGUGUCGUGGCGACCAGCGCAGAGCGAUGUGGACAGCUACCGGGUGACCCUGUGGGAUGGGGAGAAAACACUAGCGCCAUGUGUAACCACAACCAGCCCCGAGUGUGUUUUCAAUUCGCUGGUGUCCGGGCGCCUCUACAACAUCUCCAUUGCCUCCUGCAGCGGCAUCUAUGAGAACCACACGAUGGUGCAGGAGCGCACACAACCAUCUCCUGUUCAGAACCCCACGGCAAUCCACUCCGCUCGUGAUGACUACCUGAAGGUAUAUUGGCGGCAUGCUGCGGGCGACUUUGACUUCUACCGGGUGGCCAUCAAGCACAACAAUCAGCUGCUGCAGAACCAGACAGUUCCCAAGUCCCGCAAUGAGUGCGUCUUCCAGUCUCUGGUGCCAGGCCGCCUGUAUACAGUGCUCAUCAGCACCUGGAGUGGGAAGUAUGAGGCCAGCGUGUCCACAGAUGGGAGGACAUUCCCGGCAGCAGUGACUGCCCUGACCCUAGCUGAGCGUGGAACGGAGGACCUGCGGGUAACCUGGCAAGGAGCUCCCGGUGACGUGGACCACUAUGAGGUGCAGCUGCUAUACAGCGACAUGAAGGUGCUCCCACCCAUCACACUGAGCGGAACAGACAGGGAGUGCCGGCUGAGCUCCCUCACUCCGGGCCGCCUCUACAAGAUCGUGGUGUCCACCUUCAGUGGGCCCAACCAGAAGGCCCAGUUCAUCGAGGGCAGGACAGCACCCAGCAAGGUGAAGAACCUCCACGUGACCAACAGUGGCCAGAGCAGUGGCCUGAAGGUCAGCUGGACCCCAGGGGAGGGUGAUGUGGACAGCUACAAAGUGUUCCUUCUGACGGGAGGCCAUCUUCUGGAGAUGCGGGUCAUACACAAGCCCAUCAGCGAAGUGGCCUUCCAGGGCCUGACGCCGGGCCAGCUGUACAGCAUUGUGGUGCAGUCCAUUAGCGGAGAGCUACACAACAACCACACGGCCAGUGGGCAUACUGUGCCUUCCUCUGUGGGCGGCCUGCUGGUGGACAGCCAGCAGAGCACCAACAGCCUGCUGGUGUCAUGGCACCCUGCUCGGGGUUUGGCUGAUGGCUACAGGCUGCAGCUGCUGGAUGAGAAGGGCAUCCUGCUGUUCAAUCACUCGCAGCCUUCUGACAACACCGAGCACCGCUUCAACAGGCUCACCCCAGGGAAGAAGUACCGCGUCAGAGUCCAGACGCUGAGUGGCGGCGUAGCCAGCGAAGGAGCCGUUGGAGAGGGCCGAACGCGUCCGGCGGCAGUGAGCGAGCUGGUCGUCAUGGGCAACAGCACGAGCAGCCUGACGUUCGGCUGGGUGCCCCCGCUGGGUGACUUUGAGGGCUACAACAUCUCCCUUUACGACAGCAGCGGCACCCUCCGAAACAGUGGCCACGCUGGACGUAAUGCACUCCACAGCUCCUUCGUGGCCCUGCAGCCGGGGACCCAGUACAAGAUAGUGGUCCUGACCUGCAGUGGGGAGCAGACGAACGCCUCAUCCAUCUGGGCUAGAACAGUGCCUGCCCCUGCUACAGCUCUCCAGGCCCAGAAUCGGAACCAGACGAACAGCUUGUGGCUGAGCUGGGAGCGGCCGGCGGGUCACCUGAGUGGCUAUCUGUUGUUUGUCUACGGCGCCAACGGCUCCCAGCAAGCCGAGCAGCAGCUCUCUGCUGAGCAGAAGGAACACCUCAUUCAGAGCCUCCUCCCUGGGCGACUCUACAGGGUGGCGCUCCUCACCCUCAGUGGGAAGCUGAGCAAUGCUGCCUCUGUCGAGGGACGGACCGCCCCUGAACCCCCUACAUCACUGUCUUUCACGGGGGUCACCAACAGCUCUGCAGAGCUUACCUGGAGCAACCCCGUUACCAGUGACUAUGACAGCUUUGACCUGCAGUGGAUGCCUCGUGACCCGCUGUCCAUCUUCAACCCCUAUGGCACCCCGGGUUCCAGCAGCCGUAUCUUCAGGGGUUUGUACCCGGGACGACUCUACACCUUCAGCAUUCGCACCGUGAGCGGGGGAAGGGUCAAGGGCAGCCCUCCUGCCUACAGUCAGCCAAUUCACAAGAGUAUCCGGACAAAACCUGGACGACUGCAGCACAUCCACUGCCACCCACAGAGCUCCACAUCCAUUUCCUGUGCGUGGAGCGCCCCGGAAUCCGACUACGACUCAUACGCUGUAGAGUGCAUGCGGCAGGACUUGCGCACCCGUGUCUUCUCACACCGCGCCACGCGUGACAGCACACUCUACGUCAUCUCCCAACUGGAUCCUCACCGACUCUACACCGUUUCUGUGAGGGUCAUUUCUGACGGCGCCGUCAGUGACGCGGCCGAGGACAGUGUGGUCACCAUGAUCGACCGCCCCCCACUUCCACCACCAAACACCCGGGUUAGCGAGACGGCAGCCCGCGUCAAGCAGUCUGCCAUCAGCUUCCAGUUCAACUGCAGUUGGUUCAGUGACGUCAAUGGAGCCAUCAAGUUCUUCGCUGUCAUCGUGGCGGAGUCUGAUGACAAAGCGAUGGUGCAGCCGGACCAGCAGCACCCAUUACCUUCAUAUGCACACUACAAGCGCAACAGCUCUAUCAAGGUCUACCAGACAAGCUACUUCCAGAGCCCCUGCUCUGAGGAGCCCGAGAGUGGGGAGCAGGUCAUUGAUAUUAAUCUGGGCACAGGCAUGGAGGCCCUGGGAGGGCGUUGUGAUCCAGACCCCGACCAGAACCAGAAUUCUUUCUGUGAUGGACCACUGAAAUCCAAAACUGCCUAUAGGCUCAGCAUCCGCGCUUUCACAAAGCUCCUGGAUGAGGAGCGUAGGGAGUUCCCCCAGCCGCUGUACACUGACACCUUCCUGUCCCUGCCCCUGGUCACCGAGGCAGAGCCUCUGAACGGAGUCAUCAAGGGCAUCAGUGCUGGUAUGUUCCUCAUUGCCAUGGUGAUCGGGGUCACUGCGCUACUCAUCUGCCGCCAGAAAGUUCGCAAAGUGAGUGUACGGGAGCGGACGAUGGUUCGGGUGGGCAUGCGGAGAGAGAGGCCCUCAUCGGGGAUGCUGCUCGGUGUGAGAAGUAAUCGCCGGAUUUCAAGCCCCAUUAAAGCUGUGCACUUUGAGUACCAUCUCGCCAAACUCAUGGCCGACUCCAACUACCUCCUGUCUGAGGAGUUUGAGGACCUCAGAGAUGUUGGCCGGAACCAGCCAUAUGACACGGCACUUCUACCGGAGAACAGAAGCAAGAAUCGAUACAACAAUAUACUGCCCUACGACUCAACGAGAGUGAAGCUGUCCUACGUGGAUGAUGACCCAUGCUCUGACUACAUCAACGCAAGCUACAUCCCAGGCAACAACUUCAGGCGGGAGUACAUCGCCACACAGGGCCCAUUACCAGGCACAAAGGACGACUUCUGGAAGAUGGUUUGGGAGCAGAACGUGCACAACAUUGUCAUGGUGACACAAUGUGUGGAGAAGGGCAGGGUGAAGUGUGACCACUAUUGGCCCUACGACCAGGACCCCUUGUACUAUGGAGACCUCAUCGUGCAGAUGCAGGCAGAGUCUGUGCUGCCGGAAUGGACUAUUCGUGAAUUUACCAUCUGCAGCGAGGACCAGCUGAGGUACAACCGGGUGGUCCGGCAGUUCCACUACACCGUGUGGCCUGAUCAUGGCGUGCCUGAGACCACGCAGUCACUCGUCCAGUUCGUGAGGACUGUCAGGGACUACAUCAACCGCAGCCCUGGCUCUGGGGGCACAGUUGUUCACUGCAGCGCCGGGGUGGGCCGGACGGGCACCUUCAUCGCCCUGGACCGGGCCCUGCAGCAGCUCGAUGCCAAAGACACCGUGGAUAUCUACGGCAUCGUGUUUGAUCUGCGUCUCCACCGCUCCCACAUGGUGCAGACCGAGUGCCAGUACACCUACCUGCACCAGUGCGUGAGAGACGUCCUGAGGGCCCGAAAGCUGCGGCAUGAGCAGGAGAACCCCUUGUACCCCAUCUACGAGAACGUGGCUCCUGACUACCACAGAGACUUUGUGUACACGAGACGCUAAGGCUGCUGACUCCCGCCCAGCACAUGAGGAUCCAGCUUCUGCAGCUGUCUUCACACUACAGAGAUGCAGGAAGUUUUUACAUAGUCAGUUAUUUUUAUAGAAUUAUUGUAUAUUUUCCCAGCAGCCUUUCAAUAGAUUUUAAAGAUAUUUAAGUGUCACAGAGUAUUGCAUAUUUGCAUCUAUAUUUUUUUCUAUGCAUUUGCUGAUCUCUGGGUUUAUAACAGGAAUGUAUCACAUAAGCUAUUACAUGGUUUGCACAUAAUUGUUCAACUUUUGAAAACCAAUCACUGAGUGACAGACAUGCUGGAGACUAUGUUCAGUGCCUUGCCCAUGGUGCCAAAGUGGGAAUAAUGCACGUGAAAAAGCAGCACAUUUCCGAGCACUUAUUUUGCAGUGGGAAAGUUAGAUCUGAAAGCAAAGCGACCGGUGGAGGUCCCCUGUCACUGAGUUCAAACUGUGAGUCAUGCUCAUGCUUGUAGAAUAUGUGUAAUGUGCAUUUCCGCACAUUAAGUCUGUAAAUUCCGGUAUGGAAACACAAAAAAAAAAAAAAAAA